AUGUCGCUCUCUGAAAGAGUGUCCAAUUCGACGUUCACUGGGAAUUUCUGCCCCAACAAUUCCGCGGCCGGUAGAUUCAGAAUGGAGUGGGGAGCACCUUCCGUCAUGACAAUGGUCAUCCUCAUCGUUACCGUCCUACUGGGAGUCCCGGGCAACGGCGCAGUCAUCUGGGUGACGGGCAUCAAAAUGAAAAGUAAAGUCCCGAAUGUGUGCUUCCUGAACCUGGCUGUGGCUGACCUGAUAUAUUGCCUGUGUCUCCCCUUACACAUCAUUCUCCAGCUUGAAUGCUUUUAUUUCUGGCUGCUAGUAUUACCCACUAUGUUCCUAGUCGCUUUUGCCAGCCUAUAUCUGUUAUGCCUGAUCAGCACCUACCGCUGCCUGGCUAUUACACGGCCCAUCUGGUUCCAGCAACAUGUGAGCCUCGCAUGGGUUCGUGUGACCUGCUUCGUGGUCUGGGUCAUAGCCCUCGUCAUCUUUAUGCUUGUAUUCCUCUCUCGGUAUUAUUCCAAGCUAUUUUUGGUCGCCUUCACCUUCGCCCUCCCGCCCCUUGUAAUUAUUAUCAUUUGCUACUCCUUCGUUGGCUGGAGGCUGCAAGGGGCCAGGUUCGCUGAGACCAGGAAGCCCAUACGCCUGAUCGUGACCGCAGUCGCCGCCUUUAUGAUCUGCUGGCUCCCCAACGCUCUCUUCGCCCUCAUAUCAAACGACUCCAUAUUGCAUCAUUUUGACUGGUACAUACUCACUGAGGCCCUGGCCUCAUUCAACAGCGCCCUCAACCCUCUUAUCUACGUCUUCGCCGGCAGCGACUUCCGUCAGGUCCUCAGGCGCUCCCUGUUUGCCUCGCUCCAGCUGGCCUUCACCGAGCAUGAGCCAAAGGGUGAGACGGAGAACCGCAAUCCCACCUCAAAUACGAAUCUCUGA